UUAUUUUAUAAGAAUGAGCGAGAAUGGAAAAAUAAUUGAAUUUAAAGGAACUAAAUAUUAUUUGGAGGAAGAUCAAUUGUAUAAAUUGGUUCCAAUUGGAAGAGUUAAAGUGCCUGUUGACAUCAAAAAACUUAAAAAGUGUAUUCAAAUAAGCCUUCCUCAAGAAAAUCUACUGGAUGUGUUCAAAUUUCUCGACUUCAAUCAAUUAUUGUCUUUCCAACAAACAAGUUUUUAUUUCAAAAAUAUUAUUGACAAAUAUGGAAAGGAAUUGGCGAGGAAGAAAUUUUCUACGCUUAGAUUUCUUCCUUUUAAUGACUUUAACUUCGCUGAAUGUAAAUUUGAAGUAGAACCUCAUCUUCAUAAAUUUGAAAAACAACUUAAGGAAAAGGUUUCGGACAAUUAGGGGUGUCUAUAGUAUAUGGGCGCACCAACUUAGAUUAAGCCGUUGAUUCUUGUUCGACACGUGCCCCGCAAAACAUAACCGAGUUUUUUCCCAUAAUGCUUCCCCUAUGAUUUUUCAGUUUUAAGAGUCUGUAUCUUUGCGAAUCUUGGGUACACCCCAACUUACCGCGACCCCAACUCAUCGCAGAGCUAUAACUUCGUUCAGAAUUGUCGAAUCCGGGGCACCCUGGUAUAGUUUGAUUCAGCUCGUCGAGACGCAUCGAAUCAUACAAAGGCGUACCGGAUUCGGCAAUUCUGAACGAAGUUAUAGCUCUGCGGUAAGUUGGGCUCGCGGUAAGUUGGCCUGCUCCCGCGAAUCUUUGUCUUCUAGAAAAAAUGAUUAUAUAUUCCCACGUACUACUAUAUUGUCCCUUAAAUUGAUUUUAAUAAUAAUUGUUAUUUUUAGCGUUUUGUUAAACCUAAUUUUGUUGAAAUACAACCUUAUCUUUAUGAUUUUGAAU